AUGAAAUCAUAGUAAUUGCAAAAAGACUUGGAAGCAUUUCAAAAAUAGCUCAAAUUAACACUUCCGACCAUAAUUAAUAGAGUGACUAAGGAUAUAGGAUAAUUGCUGUAUUUUGAGAAAUUGUUUAAGGACACAAAGCCAAAUUCAGUCUAAGAAUUAUAUUAUCUCAGUCUUCUUAGAUUGGAUCCCCAUAUAGCAAGACAAUAGCCGCAAUUAGAAGAACCUAUUCAGAAUAUUAAUGAAAUGAUACAUCUAUACUUUGAAUAGCAAGCAGUGAAAUUAUAAGAAAUGGUAUUGUUAGAAAAAGAACUCAAAAUGAUGAGAGAAUUGGAAGAAUUGUAAGUGAGUUAGGAGAAAGUGGAAUAGUAAAAAGGAAUGGAAGUCGAAAAAUAAAACAUGGGAAGAAAGAAAUAUUGGAGAUAAACACAAUCACCAAAUUGUGAUUAGUGUUUCUGUGGAAAUCAAUUACAUUAUAAGUAAAUAGUAAAAUGUCAAUUGUGUGAAAAAUAUUAUCAUAUUAAUUGUGUAGGUACAAGUUACGAUGAAAGAUAUGUUAAACAUUUCACAUGUCCAAGAUGUACCUUGUAUCAUAUGGAUUAAUUUUGCGAAGUGAUCUCAGUUAUCAUAGAACCAUUUUCAUUUAAGAAAACAGGGUUAACCAGCACUAAAUCUGUUAAAUUUAAAUCAGAUACUAAUAAAAUUGAUAUCAGAUGCAUUAGAAUGGAUUGUCCCCUAUCAGCAGAAGAACUCACAUGGCCAGAUCUAGGAGAAUUACAUAUUAACAAUAAGAAAGUGGCUGAAUUUAUUCCAUUGGCUUAGUAGAGUUGUCAACAUAAACGUAAAGAUGAGAAGUUGAUAUUCACAAUUCCAUAAAACGAAGAGUGCACUCUAAUGUUGAAAGAAAUAAUCCCUGGGAUGGAGUAGAAGAGAAAAUAUAGAAUCCAAGGAGAAUAGUUGCAUUAUAUUGCUGCCUACAAAACUAAACAGUAUUCUGCAAAAUAACUUAUAGAAAAGAUUAUUACUUCAAGUGAAAAUUGGAUGAGUGUAGAACAAGCAUAGGAUUUUAUUAUACUAUAGAUGAACUAUAUAUCAUCUACUGGUAUCAAGUAAAUUAAAUAAACUAUUUCUUUGUUGUGUUGCUUAUGUUCCACUUUGAUGGUCACACCUGUCAGGGGAAUCUAUUGCAAUCAUAUCUAAUGUUUCUCUCUAGAAAAUUAUUUAAUGAUGCUUGAAUUGUCAAAUCCAAGGAAAUGGAGAUGUCCCAUCUGUAAAGCUAAGUUGUUCAAAUUAUAAAUUGAUGCUCUAUAAUAUACAAUCUUGUAGACUAUUAGACAAUAUAAUUUAUAAGAGAAGUACACAGAAAUAUCAUUCGAUCAUAUGGGUAACUUAUUGGAUGAUCUCGUUCAAAAAUAUCUAGAUUUUAAUAUUUUACCAGAACAUGCUAAAACUAGUAGAAAUCGAAUCUUGCAAUUAGAAAACUUAAGCAAUUAAGAAAAUUAAAGUGAGAAUGAGAAUGAAAUAAAUGAAUCUGAAUAACAAAGCAAUAAACCACUUAAUCCUAACUCAAUUGUUAUAGAAUGAAUAUUCAAUUAUAAUUAUAUGAUAAAUUAUUAAAUGA